AAUGGGGAAAAUAUUGUGAGAUCAUGAAACGAGUCUAGUUGUUGCCAGCCAACAUCUCACACCAAAAUUUUACAGUUUCAACACCAAAAUCAAUCAAUAGUCGAGAUGUGCGGCGGCUGGGCUUGUGCGUCAUAUAGUUUGGCCUGCAAUAAUCCACCUUUGUCCACUUUGCGUUAUACGGGACGAGAGUUCAUACCCACGCCCUGUGGACCACACGACAAAUGCUUUGCCAAUGACACUAGCCGCACCCGAGGCAAUUGUAUGCGGCCGCAAAAUAUAGCAGUCGAAAUGAAUCCGUGCUUGGAUCUAGCCAAAGCUAAUAAUACUGAACGAGUUGAAUCUGAUGUCGCCAAGCAGGCCAAAGACAACUGGAAACUGGCGUAUACAAAAGUCAAAUGUACUUCAGCAGAAGAUGGUUCUAAAAAAAAAGACUGAAGACAAUUUUAAACACCUUGCUCCAGCAAUAGGUUUGCCAUGCUUUAUAUUGAAAUAAAAUCAUUUUUUAAACAUUGGUGCAAGAAA